AUUUCUUUUAGAAUUUGAGAAAAAAGAUCAUAUUAUGUUUCCAAGUCAUCGUUUAUUGAAGAAGCAAGCAUUGAUUGUGUUAAGCCUAACAGUUAUUUUACAUGGCGGCAAUGGCUUUUCAUGGUUUAGAGCACAGAAGGAAUGCAAGGCUAGUGGAGAGCAGAUCAGAACGGCCCCCAGGUCCAACAAUUUUUACUGGACAACAUACCAUAAACGUCGCUAUCAAUGGAUUGGUACUUUAGAAUGUUAUUCACAUCAGGAUCUAUCUCAUAUGAUAAUGAGAAACUUGACCCUGAAUAUUCCAUCAGCGGGACUAUGUCAAGAAAGAUGUACCGAGGAAAUGCUAAACGACUCGUUUUUGUUUGCUCUUAAGCAAUCAUCAUGCCUGUGUCUAAACAAAUCUCUAGAGAAACCAUCUCACUCAUCUCAGCAUAGUUGUAAAUAUAACUGCUUGCAAGAUAACAUAACAAGGCCUGAUUUAUUCUGUGGAGGAGAAUCUGUUUACAGCCUGUUUAUAUCUUUUGAAAGUCAAAAGAACAAAAUAAAACCUGUGCCAAAUUUUGAUUCCAUUUCAAUGGAAUGCAACACCACUAAGCUGUAUGAAUUUAAACGCUGUAGCAGAAACCAGCUAAAAGAAAAAAAGUGAGUGUUUUAGUAUAAA